UUAAAAUGGCUGUAUUUGGCAAGAACGGGGCUGGCGUGACUAUAGAUCGAGGAUUUGGACUCUCUCUUCUCUUCAUGCUCCUUGUUUCGUCUCUUCUCAAUGGAUUCGUGUUUUACUACCACUUUAAAAAACCAAGAAAACUCAUUUCUAAAAUGUUCUGUCUCCUCGCUUUUUCAGAUUUCAUGAGUAUAGCACUGUCGUCAGUAGCAGCGGUCUCUUUCCUCCGGGGAGAACUAGUAACAGACACAGACCACGUGACCAUCCCUCAGUACCUUAUAUCCCGGGCUCAAUUCUUCUUCUUCAGGUUUUCGUUGUUACUGACAAGUUUUAUCAGCCUACAGCGCCUAGUGAUGAUAAUGCGACCUCGUUAUACCCUUCACGGUACUUACUUCGUAUGGGUGUUCACUUUCUGGAUCGUACACAUUCUCAUCAGCUCGAUAUAUUUCUACGCUCUGGGUCAGUGCAAGUGGGAGGUGCUCAUACAAUCAGUCUACUGUAAGGUUGGAUUCCUGCAAUACCUGAACAGCAUGGUACUUACAGUUGUACCAUGGUACCUUGUCUGCUUCCUAGCCUGGUUCACAACUCUCCUCCUGCUCGUCCAGCGCAAGAAAACCCGGCCCUACAACACCCGCCGUAACGACGACAUCAACAAAGUCGUCGUCACAAUCUUCUUCCUGUGCGUCAUCGCCAUGCUCUCCUUCCUGCCCUCCCUGGUAGCAUUCUUCUUCCACGAGGAGUACCGUGUUGUACCUGACGACAAGUACCCUCUGUGGGUAUGGUACUUCUGUAUCGUGUACUCCCCCGCUCUCUCCUCCUUCUUUAACCCUAUCAUCCUGGUGAUACGAGGCCGGGGGAUGCGGACCACGCUGAAGGUGGUCAUGUUUCAGUUGGCUCGAUGCCAGGGAGUGAAGUUACAGCAUGAUGGGGACAUGUCACGUGUAAUGUCACUUAACAUGACCAGGUUUAAUAGACAGGCGUGUUCAGUGCAUGUGGGCAAGAGAAGGAGUGAUAUUACUAAAAGUACGGGCGUGGUCCCGGUAAACACUGACUUUAGUCGGAAUGUGCAGGAGGUUCCUAGUAGGGCUACUAUAAGUAAAUCUUCAGAUAACGUUUUACCUAAAUGUUCUUCAAAAUGAUGUUUUUAGAAGAAAUGCAGGGUAUUAUUUGUAUUAAAAUUUAUUACGUUUACAGAUUGUGAAUGCAUCGUUUGUAUUGCAGGAUGAUAAUGUGUAAUGUUUUCAUUGUAACAAUUCGGCUUAUUAUUUGAAAUAAGAUCUACGUUGAUUCAUAUUAUUGAAUCUUUUUAGUAACAAUUUCUAUUGCAAAUAGAUUAUAUUUUUUAAAUGUUUUUAUUUUUCCACGACCUUGAAAAGUCAGUACGAAGAGGCCAUCGUUGAAAUUUGUUGUUAAUUUUAUUUAAAAAUUUG